UGUCACCUCCCUGAUGGAAACGGUGAUUCCUCCACUUAGCCCGAAGGAGACACACAGACAAACACUCAGGAUUUACUGGAGCGCAACUACAUCUCAUCUUCAUCAUCAUCAUGAGGAAGAUCGCCGGCAAACACUUGUUGUGCUUCCUGCUGCUCGUCCUCCCGCUGUCCUGGGCUGAGGACACGAAGGAGGAUGCGAAGAAGACUGGGAAUGAUUCAGUUUGGAGCCAAGCGAAGAGCCGACUGUUUGCAAGAAAAAGGAUUCCACAGAAAAAUACCAAACCUAGAUUCAACUCCAGCAGACCGAUGCCUGCACGUCGCUGCGGACGCAUAAUGGAGAGCUGCUCCUCUCGCGUGCCGUGCUGCGACCCCUGUGCCUCUUGCCGGUGUCGACUCUUCAAUACCAUUUGCAACUGCUGGAGGAUGAACCACAUGUGCUAAAAGAGGACAUAGAUGGAUACCUCACAUACAUACACGUAUUCAUGUGCAAACACACACCAGCACCAGAACGUGCUAAGUGAUGAGCAUAUGUCAGCCAUGAUGUUAAAACCAACCUUUUGAGACUUAUUGGUGUACACAGGGGAAUUCUCACUCCGGCCACUGGCCUGUGGGGUUUUUCUCUUUUUACAGCACAGGUGCAGUUUAGAGAACUUUAUCACAGCUCAGUGUAAACCAUAGGUACAUUGAGAAAACAGUCUGAGAUUAGAAGUGAACGUUCUUUCCAUUCCGGUUGGCGUCCACACUUGAAAGGGAAGAGAGAAGCAACUGAAGCAUAGAACACCCACAGAAAUGUUUACAGAAUAUACAAUUUUGCAACAUAGUGUUUUUAGGUGUAAAGAAAGGACAAGUGUCAUAUGCUUUUUAGUGUACACUUACAAUAACAUGUUAACUGUGUGUUAUGUCUCUGAAAUGUCCCGCACUAUUGCUACUUUUAAAUGUAUUUACUCUAUCUAUCUCCUGCCAUAUAGAGCUUGUAUGAAAGCUAAUGAAUAGAUAUAUAUUGGAACACACAUUUCUUGUUUACUCCUUAAAAAGUCAUGACCCCACAGACUAAAUGUUGAAAAGCUGUUAAACCCCAGAUGUUUCUGUUCCUAUGUAACCCAUGCCUUGGAGACGAGACGAUCUGGUUUCCCCGAUGAAGAAUUAUUCAUAUGUGGAUU